GUCACUGUACUUCCGCCUUGCUCUCAGCCUGUCUUUCCAGUGGAGCCGCCGCUGAGAGCAGCUCGCCGAGGAGUGGACAGUACACAGCCUGCUGCCCCAAAACAAAUCUAAAGAUGCCACCAAAAAAGACAGAAGCCCCGAAGCCGCCUCCCUUAAUUGGACGAUUUGGCACAUCUCUGAAAAUUGGAAUCGUGGGAUUGCCCAAUGUUGGCAAAUCUACAUUCUUCAAUGUGCUGACUAAAAGCCAGGCUGCUGCAGAGAACUUCCCAUUCUGCACAAUCGACCCAAACGAGAGCAGGGUGCCUGUUCCUGACGAGCGAUUCGAUUUCCUCUGCCAGUACCACAAACCAGCCAGUAAAGUUCCUGCUUUCCUGAAUGUUGUGGACAUUGCUGGUCUGGUGAAAGGAGCUCAUUCGGGACAGGGACUCGGAAAUGCCUUCCUUUCCCACAUCAGUGCCUGUGACGGCAUCUUCCACAUGACCCGUGCGUUUGAUGAUGAGGACAUCAUCCACGUCGAGGGCAACGUGGACCCAGUGAGGGACAUCGAGAUCAUUCACGAGGAGCUCCGGCUUAAAGACGAGGAGAUGAUCGCUCCCAUUAUUGACAAGCUGGAGAAAACCGCCGUGAGGGGAGGGGACAAGAAACUCAAACCAGAAUAUGACAUCAUGCUGAAGAUCAAGAGCUGGGUGGUCGAGGAGAAGAAGCACGUCCGAUUUUACCACGACUGGAAUGACAAAGAGAUCGAGGUGCUGAACAAAUACUUGUUUCUGACAUCCAAGCCCAUGAUCUAUCUGGUUAAUCUAUCGGUGAAAGACUACAUCAGAAAAAAGAACAAGUGGUUGGCGAAAAUCAAGGAGUGGGUUGACGCUCAUGACCCCGGUGCUGUGGUCAUUCCUAUAAGUGGAGCCGUGGAGUCCCAGCUGAUGUACAUGGACGAAGAAGAGAGGAAUAAAUUCUGCGAAGAACAGAAAACACAGAGCUCUCUGACCAAACUGAUAAAGACCGGCUACGCGGCGCUGCAGCUGGAGUAUUUCUUCACAGCGGGACCAGACGAAGUGCGAGCGUGGACCAUCAGGAAAGGUACCAAGGCUCCCCAAGCUGCAGGGAAGAUUCACACCGACUUCGAGAAAGGCUUCAUCAUGGCCGAGGUGAUGAAGUACAGCGACUUCAAAGAGGAGGGCAGCGAAAACGCCGUCAAGGCUGCGGGGAAAUACAGGCAACAGGGCCGAAACUACAUUGUGGAGGACGGAGACAUUAUCUUUUUCAAAUUCAACACACCCAACGCACCCAAAAAGAAAUAGAGGCCACAGUCUCCAGGCGGUUCACUCAGAGUACAGUUCAGUUGUUCCCUCCAGUGUUGCACCGUGUGAUGGUUUUCAUCCUUUUGAAUACAAAACAUCAACUCAUAGCCAUGACUUUUCUUUAUUACUGAAAUAAUUUGAAUUUCAUGAUGUUGGCAGAUCUUCAAAAGGAAUCUUUUUUUUUUCUUUUUAGUUCACCAUGUUUUAGCAUUUCUACUGUCAAGGAAGAACGAGUUAAGUGAUGGAAAUAGAACAGAAUGGAAACGUAUGCAGUUCUUUUCUCAUGAUGCUAUGAUUGUGUUUUAACAUGUGUGGCCUUUUUUAACCAUUUACACCACAAAUCUUUCAUUUUAAAGAGUUUUCCUUGGCAGUUUCUGAGUUGGACAGUUAUAUUUAUUCCUGAGUGAUUUCUGAAUUUCUGUCUUGAUCUGACAUUUAUCAAGUUCAUCGUUGAUGAAGAUCUUAAUCAGCAUAAAGCAGGUACCGAUGGAUCUGUAAACCACCUGUUGUAACCUGAGCGCUGCAGCAGGUGAAAUUUACUGUAAAACUCAAGUAUUGUUUCCCAUUAUUCAAGCUUAUAGUGAUGUGAGCUGGUAUCAACUGGACAAAUGCUAAAAUACUGGUGUUCUAAGACUUGAUUGUUUUGCUUCAUAGAGAGUGAAAGCUAUCAGAUGGGAGCUGGACUGUAUUAUGCUGAGUGUCAGGGAUAUUAUUUUAGAAAGAACCAAACAACCUUCCCUGAUAGAGCCUCAUCAGACACAUGAACAGUGAUGCAAAAGGUUUGAGCUGGUAUAACAGACAGUUCAGACUCUUCACAUUAAGAACUCCACUCUGUAAUGACUGUGUAAUCAAGAUUGCACAUCUUCAGAAUACUCUGUUUGACCUUCCUUCACUGCCUCCACAACAAUGUCACAUCAUCGACUUGUCUAAGAAGUUCUCACAUUGUGGAUUAAGCUGUUUUAACCUGAAGGGACCCAAAAUGUAAAGAUCAACUUUCACAAUAUGCAUGUUUCAAUAAAAGGAAACAAGCCGGAA